AUGGAGUUGACAGCCUUUAGGCUAGUAGCCUCCACCAAGGGACGACACUCAGUUCAUGUCAAGGUCGCUGGGGAUUUGUAUCAAACGUCCUCAGCCUUCCCAGGUCUACCCAAUCUACCAGCUGUGGUGCAAGAUCCACGAACGAACCCUCCCAAGAGGGUAACCAGCGUCACCAGCCUCUACUAG